AUGGCGCGCGCCCGGCCCAUCCUCUGCCUCCAGCUGUGGCUGUGGGUGCAGGGCUCGGCGCAGGAGCUGGACCCGGACGGCAGGAACGUGUGCAGCGUCCCUGCGGGCCUGGAGUGCUGUCCCGGCUGGAAGCAGCAAGGGCGGGAGUGCACGGAGGCGCUCUGCGAGGGAGCCGAGUCGUGCGGCAAGGACGAGGUGUGCGUGCGGCCUGGGCUCUGCCUCUGCAAGCCGGGCUUCUUCGGGGCCGACUGCAGCUCCCGCUGCCCCGAGCAGUACUGGGGCCCCGACUGCAAGCGCCGCUGCCCCUGCCACCCCGGCGGCACCUGCGAGGCGGCGAGCGGCCGCUGCACCUGCCUGCCGGGCCGCUGGGGCGCCCGCUGCGAGUCGACGUGCGCGUGCGGCGCCCACGGGCGCUGCGAGGCGCUGAGCGGCGCCUGCCGCUGCGAGGCCGGCUGGUGGGGCCCGGCGUGCGACAGGCAGUGCCAGUGCAACCCGGGCGGCUCCCGCUGCGACCCGCACAGCGGCCACUGCCGCUGCCUGCCCGGCUGGUGGGGCCGCCGCUGCAGCUUCAAGUGCUCGUGCAACGCGUCGCCCUGCGCCCAGGAGACGGGCAAGUGCGAGUGCCGGGCCGGCUGGUGGGGCCCCGCGUGCCAGCGGCGCUGCGACUGCCUGCACGGCGCCUGCAGCCCCCUCAGCGGCCACUGCAGCUGCAGCCCCGGCUACCAGGGCCGGAGCUGCCGUGAGCCCUGCCCGCCCGGGAAGUAUGGCCCGCAGUGUGUGCACAGCUGCGGGCGCUGCGCGGGAGCGCAGCCCUGCGCGGCCACGGACGGCGCCUGCACCGGCUGCGAGCCCGGCUGGAACGGGACGCGGUGCCAGGAGCGCUGUGCCGCGGGCACUCACGGUGCCGGCUGCCGGCAGAGCUGCCCACGCUGCCGCGACGGUGGCGCCUGCGACGCCGAGAGUGGCACCUGCGCCGCCUGCGAGCCCGGCUGGGCGGGAGCCAGCUGCAACAGCUCCUGCCCGCGGGGCACGUUCGGCGCCGGGUGCCAGCAGCCGUGCGCGGACUGCGUGGCCGGCAGCUGCCACCCCGUGUCGGGAGCCUGUGUCUGCUGGGCCGGCUACUGGGGAGGCAGCUGCAACGAGACGUGCCCCGAGGGGUAUUUCGGUGUGAACUGCUCCUCCGCCUGCCGCUGCUCCCGCGGGACCUGCCACCCCGCGCAGGGCCACUGCGUUUGGAGCGCUAAGGACCACGCGGCCGUGGCCGCCGCCGUCCUCGUCCCGCUGCUGCUGCUGCUGCUCUGCGGCGCCUGCUGCUGCUGCGGCGCCGGCCACGCCGACGCCCGGGACAGGGCGGCCGCGGCGGACGACGGCGUCGUGUCCCGCAUGAAGCACCACGUGCGGCGGGUGCUGGCCAACCUCAGCGCCUUGAUGCCCUGCGUCGCCCUGGGCGGCUCCAAGCUGCCCAAGGUCACAGUUUCCCACCACGAUGCAGAGAUCCCCUUCAACCCCAGCUUCAUCGAGCCGCCGUCCGCCGCCUGGGUCUCGGACAGCUCCUUCUCCUCCUUCGACACGGACAACGAGGGCCCUGAGUACUCGGUGCCGCCCCGGGAAGGUGUCCCCGUGCUGGCGGGGGCCGAGCUGCAGGACGGGGCACCCGCGUCCACCGAGGCGCUGCCGGACCCGUCGGCCUUCAGCUCCGAGGACGUGUCGCAGCCGUUCGCCAUCCCGCGCACCUCCAGCCUCGCCAAGGCCAAGCGCCCCUCCGUGUCCUUCGCCGAAGGCACCAAAUUCGGCCCCCAGGGCCGGGGCUCCGCGGCUGAGGCCCCGCCGGACAGUCCCUCCGGCGGCGGCACCGACAGCCCCGAGCCCACGUGCCUGGGCGAGGAGGCCGAGGUGAUUCUGCCCUCCAGCUGCGGCCACGGGGACGCCGGGAGCUGCGCGCGCCGGCACAUGCGGUGCCGCGUCUUCGCCCCGAUCCCACACCGAUGUCAUCCCGGAAUCGCCGCCUGA